AUGUUGAAAAAAGGAGUUGCACUAACCGUAUUCUGGUCGCAGUUCCUCUUCGCUGCCACCGAGCUCAUAGUCAACGGCACCGCUACGGGCAAUUUCGACUUGCACCUCGACAGAGCCGACCCCCGGUGGACAGCGGAGCUGCCUUCCAUCGACUACGCUGUCUUCUCGGGCGGCCCCUGGUUCGUCCGGAAGAACUACCUGUAUGAGGACGGCAACCUCAUCGGGUGCAUCUACUGCCGCAAGCCCAAGGUAACGGACUUUGGGCCGGGCCGGGCUAUCAGGAGGGCCUUCAGGGCCGUGCUCCGGGCUGUCAACGAGUGCGGGGACUGCAAGAAGAUCGUCAGCUUCGUGCGGACGUACUCACCCUCACACUUUGAGAACGGGAGUGGAACACCGAGGGCGGGUGCAACCGGACCCGACCCGUUGGGCGGGACGAGGUGGACGAGGCCCGGCCCCAGUGGGAGUACCGGAGGAUUCAAGUGGAAGAGGCGGAGGCGGCAAGGAAUGGUGGCGCUGGGAAUGUGUUUGAAGUGA